AUGACUAAUGAUAAAGAUAUUGGAGAAAAGACAUCAAUACGAAGGAAAAAACCUCAGGUUGAUUCAGAUAGUGAUAUUGGUUAUACUACAGAAAAUGAAAAAACAUUUUAUGAUUUGAAAAAAAGGUUACCUCAAAGUUCAGAUAAAAUAGGAUUUCAAAUUGAUCAAGUUUUGUUGGGUGUUCCGGAACGAUGGCGAAAUUAUGUUGUCAGGCUAAUAUUUACAGUAAUUAUGAUAAGCUUAUUCUCAAUAAUUAUCAAUAAAGGACCAUUAUAUCUUGUCUUAUUAGUUAUAAUAAUUCAAUUUAAAUGUUUUCAUGAAUUAAUUAAAAUUGGUCUUAUUGUUUAUAGAUUAUAUGAUUUACCAUGGUUUAGGACAUUAUCAUGGUAUUUUUUAUUAUCAAGUAAUUAUUUUUUCUUUGGUGAAUAUUUAAUUGAAUUAUUUAAAAUUAUUAUUCAAACAGAUAAAUUACCAAUUUUUUUGGUUGGUUAUCAUAGAUUUGUUAGUUUUUGUUUUUAUUGUAUUGGAUUUAUUUGGUUUGUGUUAUCAUUAAAAAAAGGAUAUUAUCUAAGACAAUUUUCUUUAUUUGCAUGGACACAUGUUGCAUUAAUGUUAAUUGUUGUUCAGUCAUACUUUAUUAUUGAAAAUAUACUUCAAGGUAUCAUUUGGUUUUUGAUACCUGUAUCAAUGAUUAUUUGUUGUGAUGUUAUGUCCUAUUUCUUUGGAUUCUUUUUUGGAAAGACACCUCUUAUUGCAUUAUCACCAAAAAAAACAUGGGAAGGAUUUAUUGGAGGUGGUAUUAGUACAGUUAUAUUUGGUUUAAUUUUAUCAUCAUAUUUAAUGAAAAGUCAUUAUAUGAUUUGUCCAUUAGAAGAAUAUCUUAAAAAAUCACAUGAUUGUGAUAUUCCUGAUGAAUUUACACCAAAAGAAUUUGAAAUUUUAUAUCCAUAUAAUAUAAUUUUAAAUUUUUUUAAUAUGAAAACUACAAUUGUAUAUUUUCCUUUUACUUUACAUGCAUUAGUAAUUAGUUUAUUUGCUUCUAUUAUUGGACCAUUUGGUGGUUUUUUUGCUAGUGGAUUCAAAAGAGCUUUUAAAAUUAAAGAUUUUGGGGAUAUAAUUCCUGGACAUGGUGGAUUAAUGGAUAGAUUUGACUGUCAGUUACUUAUUGGAACAUUUACGCACGUUUAUAUAAUAUCUUUUAUUAGAACAAGAAGUAUUGAUAAAAUAAUGAAUGAAAUAUCACGUUUAACAUUUGAAGAUCAACAAAGAAUUUUAAAUCAUCUCCAAGAUUAUUUGAAUUUAUCUUAA